AUGUCUUGCAUUUUUGAACGACCAGAACUAUUAGAAAAAGUUUUGGAUCUAGUUUUGCGAAUGGAAGGGUUUCUGAGUUUGUGGGCAAUGCGAAGAACUUGUAACAUUUGGAAUACAACUAUAAUUGAACUUGUGCUUCAAAAUUUGAGAAAAUAUUUCGGUUUUGAACUUAUAAUUUAUGACCAAUUUAAUAAUUUGAGCAGUCAUACUCUCGUAAUUCAAAGUUUUAGUCAAGAUGGCUUUUUCUCUUUUGCCAAUCAUGACGUUCUUCUUCCAGAUGUUGCAGUUUGUAAAUUGAGAGUUAAUUGCAUUCAAAUCAAAAAUUUGCCUGAUUUCACUAAAGAUUUGUUUCUUGAUUGGAAAGUUGGAGAUAUUCGUCUUCGUCUGGACUCUGAAACCCAGGCAAUGUCAGUCUCUUCCGGAUUGAACGAUUCAAAGAAAGGAUUAUGUUUCACAUUAAGUUCCGUAGAAUUUUUAACAAUAGUUGAAGACUUUAAUGAGAAAAUCAAUAAUCUUGCUGAAAAUGAGAAAAUAUAG